GCGCUUGAUUGUGGGUCAAUUGUUAUGGUUGCAGCACGAUCUGGGACGAGGGGAGGGAGGAGCCGAGGUGGUUUGCUGCAUGGGAGAAGAGAUCUCUCUUGAUUGAGGAGCGAGAGAAACCACCUUCUACUAAGUUGGGAGGUCAUAAGUUCAAACCCUGUUCUACGGUCGGAUUUUCGUCGGAGCUGCACAGUCAAUCCUCUUUUGAUUGACUGGCUUGAUAUCUGUUGAUUGAGGAGCGAGAGAAACCCACCUUCUUUGUUGGGAGGUCACAAGUUCAAUCCUCUUUUAAUUGGAGCUGCACAGUCAAUCCUCUUGUGGUUGAUUGCCUUGAUAUCUGUUGAUUGAGGAGCGAGAGAAACCACCUUCUUUGUCGGGAGGUCACGGCUUCAAAUCGUGUGCUUUGAAGAAAGAAGAAGAAGAAAGAAGACAAAGCCCCACUUCUUCAAAUCGUGUGCUUUGCCCAGAUUUUAAUCAGAGCUGUAGUCAAUCCUCUCUUGAUUGAUUGCCUGGGUCUCUCUUGAGUGAGGAGCGAGAGUAACCUAUGCGCGAUGUCGGCUUUCACUUUGGAAGAUAAUUAUGACAUCGAAGGGACGGUUGAGUACAUUCUGAGGAGAAGAUUUACGCGCGUCUGCUUACAGUUCCCAGAUGACUUGCUGAAGGAUUCUUCCAAAGUGGUGGCUGCGCUGAAAGCUGGAUGUGGCGGCAAACUGGAGGCGAAGCGUACGGGCGAAUCUGGAGAAUCUAGGCAAGGGCAGAUUGGAGAAAAGGCAGAACAAGCGAAGGAAUGGGAGGAGAGAGAGAGAGGAGGGAGAGGGGGGGGGGAAGUGGACGGCAAAGAAGAAGUGUCCCGGAAAAACUUGCGGUUGGGGGAAGAAGAAGGAAAUGGAAAAGAUGAUAAGGAUAUGGAGGAAGAGAGCAGAGGGAGGAGGAGGAGGAGGAGGAGCGAGGUUCAAUUCUUUGUGAUGGCGGACACAACCUUCGGGCACUGUUGCGUUGAUGAAGUGGCUGCCUCUCACGUCGAUGCCGAGUGUGUCAUUCAUUACGGUUACGCAUGUGUCAGCAGAACAUCUAGGAUUCCCGUGCGGUACGUGUUUGGGAAGCGACCAAUUGACGUCAAGGAUGUUUCGGAGAAGUUACUGCGGAUUGCUUUGGGGGAACUGAACAAACCCCUAUUAGUGUUAUAUGCUCCUGAGUAUGGAUACGCCAUAGAACACAUGUUGGCCAAGGAUAUUGCUAUGAGUAGCGCUGGCCUGAUGGAACAGGGUCAUUCCCCAGAAAACGGUAAUCUGAUAGUUGCGAGAAUGGUCGGAAAUGAGAUGGAACCAGAGGCAGCGUCGGAGAGAUGCAGUAGUGAGGGUAUUAUCAGACAUGAUCGAGAGCAAACACCUGUUGAGGAACAAGGGAUUGCAGAGGAACAGGCAAUCGCACGUGCAUCAAGCUUGGACAGGAGGGACAGUGAGUUGGGAGGAUUGACGUGGUCACUGCCUGAGGGUCGAAACAUAACAGACUAUGUGUUGGCUUGGAUUGGCCCUGAAGGCCCUGCGCUCACAAAUUGGAUGCUCACCUACAACUCCUGUAAGUUUGUCAGAUAUGACCCGGAUACGAGGGAGCUGAUUGAAAAUGUUCAGGAGUGCAGCCGCGUCCUCAAGCGCAGGUAUUACUUGGUCGAGCGUGCUAAGGAUGCGUCAAUUGUAGGGAUUGUUGUCGGGACUCUCGGAGCAGCUGGAUACUUGACUGCAAUUAAACGACUGAGAGAGGUCAUCGCGGCAGCUGGAAAGAAGUCGUAUGUGUUUGUUAUGGGCAAACCUAAUCCGGCGAAACUGGCCAACUUCCCCGAGUGUGAGGUGUUUGUUCUUGUUGCUUGUCCCCAAACAGCGCUUUUGGAUAGCAAGGAGUAUUAUGCCCCUGUGAUCACUCCGUUCGAGGCUGAGCUGGCUUUUGUCAGUGUGGUCUCAAGACUCUCAACGACACCGGCAAUUGAUAUCACAGUGUGCCCAUUGAGGACCAGACCCCACUGCAGGAUUACUGGGUCUUCCCUCUGUUCUACAGGCCCGGCGAGCCAGACGUCAGGGUGGCAGCAGCCCAGUGUAUCUAUGCAGUUGGCCACCAGGAUGGAGAACUCACUCAGCAUCUCCGCCGCAGCCAACAUGGAUUUGACUAGAGUCGAUGCGUCCAAGGUGGAGAUCAACUCGGCCGCCGAGUUCCUCUCAGUACGACGCACAUACAAGGGUCUGGAUGUGCAAGCUCGCAGUGCAGCGGGCGGAAGUGAGGAUCAGGUGGAUGAUGUGCGAUCUUCACCAGCUGUCAAAGUCAUCAAAGGGAGAAGUGGACGAGCUGCUAGCUAUAAUGGUGAGAGUGGGAGGAGGAGUAAUACUGAAUGUUGAAGCUACAGAAGUCUUCUUGUUUCUUCCAUUUGCUGUGCUCAGACUGGGAUAUGGAAUGCGGCUCGAGGAUUGUCAGUGUGGCCUCCAUGAAAAAUGAGAGGGGGCAGUGCUGCGCCAUUCAGCUCUUGUGAAAGCAGAGUGAUUAUGGUCGCCAGUUGCAGGGGAUAUGAGUUCUAGAGGGCAAUUCAGGAAAUGUAUGAUUUCAAGUAAGCAAACAGCCGAAGCU